GCACAUCUUAAAAUGAAAUGAUCUACGGAGGUCUCAGUUUCGCCGAAAUCCUGACCUGCCGCUUGGCAGACCACGAGUUGUGAAGUCGUGCCUACACGCAGGAAAAAAAAACUUGCUGCUGCACCCACUCUUCUUCCUUUACUUUUUUCUCAAAAGAUCGCGCAGCUUCUUUCCUAUUAGUACACAUACGAAAAUUCAACAAAGCAAUGGAUUUUGACGGCGAAGGUUUUGGUUCCUUUAUGGCGACAACGCCUCGUACAUUUCCGCAAGGGGAACUGACCGAUGUCAGGGGCAAACGUGUGAAUGUACGCCAACUCGCUGAAGAUUAUCUUUUGGUGCUGAUAACCCUGAAAAAGAUAGAGUGCCCAGUUUGCCCUCAGCUAUUAAAGAUACUCAAUUUGUAUGGUUUGGAACCAGACGAAAACAAAUAUGUCGAUCCCUUUACUCACCGGGUCUGGGAAAUCGAGCCCGAUCGUAAAAAGUUCUUUCGAUUAUUGCUUAAACGCGACGCCUACUUCAUCGUUUUAUGUCCGGGAGAUGAGGAUCAAGUGGCCCAGAUCCAACAACAGACGCCCUUUAUGCACUAUCCAUUCAUUGCAGGUGAACAAGCUUUAUUACUAGGCCAGAGCUUGAAAAUCAGCAUGUCAGACUCGGAACUAUGGCCAGCAAUCCUCGAAGUCGAGCCGGGCACGCUUGCAACGAAACCGAUCAGCAUUGGACGCGGUCCCGGUCAAUAUUAUCACAUGCGCUUGCUGCAGAAGCUGUUUAUCGAACGGUGUCGCUUGGAGAUGCAAGGUAUCGAAGCUAUGGCCGAGGCAUGGAAUCUAAUCGAUCAGCAGAAACGGAGGAUUGUCAAGUGUCGGGAAAAAAAGUUGGCAGGUUACAAUUUAAGCCUACUUCCGCAACUUCCACCUCCAUCACCGCCCACACCGCCGCCGCAACCUUUACUCAGAAAAUCCACAGAGAGGCCACCGUCAGAGAAAGGAGGAGACGAUACAGAAGCAGACGGUGCCACAGCUCCUUGUCGACCAUUGCAUGAUGUCCUUCCACCCGAGGUUUUGGAUAUCGUCUUGUCAUUCACCCCAGAUACACGCGCUCUUGUCAAAGCUGCUAGAACGUCUCGGAUUUUUUAUAUGACAUCAUGUAAUGUAAUCAUUGCGCGCUUGCGGGAAAGCAUUCAGCGGGUCCAACUUGCAUUACCAAAGAAGGAUGGACACGCGCUUGCGGACGAGGAUGAAACUGUCAGUAUGGGGCUGAAUCGAUGGCAUCAAGAUCCGGAAGGUAUCGGAUAUCGCGAACUUCAGCGUCGAAUGUCCGCUCUGAAGGCAAUCGUCGCGGAUGUGAGCAAAUGGACUCGACACUGGUCACCUCGCAAGAUUCGAAGAACGCCACCUCGAUCUUUUGGAACACCUGUUGAGAUCUAG